AUGGCCUCUAUGUCCAUCUUUCCACUGACCUAUUUGGGAAAUUCCUUACUUCAACAAACUCGUGAUGACGAACUGGAGACGAUUUAUGAGCUUCUCUUUACGCAGUACUUAAACUUUCUACGACGUGUCAUUGCUGAUGAAAAGACCAUUGGGGAAACUUUGUCGGAGUCAUUUCAAACCGUGAUCAUAGCCAUAGGAAAUGGUCAGUUUACAAUUCGCACUACCGAAACAGAACGCUUUAAGGAUCAGAAAUUUCGCAAACACUUCGAGAGACGUUUCACAUCAGAUCAGCUCAUUUAUUUCAACUGUUAUUAUUUUGAAGUGGUCACUCCGAUGGGACGAGAUGAGAGAAAAUGCUAUGCCUAUUUUCGUCGGGCCAUUGACACGAGACGUUGUGUGCCUGAGGAUGCUUUGGUUCAGUUGGACGUUACGUUGAGCCAGUGGUUAUUGCGCAAUCGUCAUUUAACCAGACCACCAUUGAUUUACUGCAUUGUUGCAAAUCAAGAAAUGAGCGCCGGCUUAGACUGUCAUGUGUUUUUAGCUGACACUGUCCAAGUCGGUUUACGUGUUGUCCGUUGUCUAGCAGAAUUGAGACAACUGGUGGAAACAACCCCUGCUGGACUAAAUGUGCCACGUCUGGAUAAAAGAUAUCAUUCUCCGCAUGGGCCGCACUGCACUCAGUACGACGUGAACUUUUGUGCUUAUUGUGGUGAACCAUUAGAUUCUUCCUCGAGCACCUCGGAUUCGGAUGGCAAAAAGCGGCGACUGUUGCAAAUGAAACUUGGUCAGGAGGCAUUGGACUAUUACGAAAGACGGAAACGUUUGGCUAAUCACGUACGACAUAGCCACAGUCGAUACCAUCGUGACAGAUCAGUUCCAGCCAACAUUGAACAGCGUAUCGGUCGAAUGAAUCUGACGGAACAAUUAGUUCGCUCCAAGAAUCACGUCAGCGAUGUUCCUGGCCGUGUUUCGAGCUGUCCUCAUCAUAGACCAGUUGGUUCGGCAAGCUCAAAGAGUUCGCACACAUUCCUAGACAGUUCACUCUCGUUGCUUCCAUAA